AUGGACGACCUCCUUAGCCCCGCGCCCUAUGGACAGGCGUGUGGGGGAUGUGCACGAGCUAAAUCCAAAUGCUUCUUCAGGGUCGGUGGAUCUGAAUGCCAAAGAUGCCAUCGCCUUGGGAAAGAAUGUGAACCAGCACGCAAACGAAAGGCCGCGACGCCUCCGCCGCAUCACCAGCAGCCACAACAAAAACAGAGACUACAGGAGCCAGCGCUGUCGAGUCGACUGGAGGAGAAACUUGAUAGCCUCGUGUCGCUACUGCGCUCCCAGGCCACCGAUAAACAUGGCCAGGCUCAUGCACAUACUCCCAAGUCGCUUACUGAAAGCACUUCUUCCCACCAUUUUGCUGCGCACCCUACGCCGCCCAACAAUUCUUGCGCAGAGACGACUACAGGAGAUAGAGAAUUUUCAGGCAGCUUUACGUCCGAAGCCGGCCCCGAUAUAGUGUUUGAUGCAGGUAAUUCCGUCAUGCGUCCUGUUCGUCCGUCUGAAAGUGGUACCCCGAUACAAUCGCCCAUCCACCGUGAUGUGUCGAAACACAACGUCUCUGAUCAGAGAGCAGAGGAGCUGUUGAGUGUCUUUCGGCAGUCCUUCAUCCCAACCUUCCCUUUUGUAUAUAUACCAGCGCACAAGAGCGCGCGUGAACUUUGCCAAGAAAAACCCUUCCUCUGGUUUGUCAUCAUGUGUCUCACCAAUCCUAAUGUGUCAGAGCAAUUUGCCAUGGCGGACACGGUGUGGGAUAUUAUAUCGCAGAGGGUAAUUACGCAGCAGCUCGCAAAUUUGGACCUGCUCCUUGGCAUUAUAUGUUUCGGCGCUUGGGCACACUACUUCAAGAAGGACAAGCCUUUCAUGACUAUGCUUGCACAAAUUGCCAUCUCUCUCGCCACCGAACUAAGUAUACAUCAAGAUUCCUUCUCUCACUCGCGACAAACCAGGUCGGCCAAGAUGCUCGUUCGGGAUGCAAUACAGCGGAAGCCAAGAACGUUAGAAGAACGUCGCACUAUACUAGCUGUAUUUCACCUGACAUCCGCGGCGUGGUGCACGUACAGGAAGGUUGAAGCCCUUCGGUGGACCCCAUAUAUGGCCAGCUGCCUGCGUAUGCUGUGCGAAGCGGCAGAAACCAAUUGGGAUCUGGUGCUUGCUACCCAGGUCAAAUGCCAAGCCAUUACAAACCAGCUCAUGUGCGCCGCUGGCGAUCAGCCAGCUGCGAACGGCGGAGACCCAAAAUCGUCUUCAGCCAUGUUUGUAACGUACUUACUUCGUCAGCUCGAUGAGAUACGACAAAGCCUUCCACCUGAAAUAUCCUUGUAUAGUAAGAACCCACCUUAUAAUACUCAUCUGUCUAGGAAGUCCCAAGCUAAGGAAGCUCAUACAGGCUCUGCACAAUUUUACCUCUACAGUACCGAGCUAAAGAUCCGCGAAUCAAUACUGACGCGGCUGGCAAGCCAUCAAGCCACUGAGCCUUCCGGAUUCCGCAGAUUGCAGGACCUCGACUCGCUUCUGACAUGUGCUGAGCGCUGGCUGGCGGUCUGGUUCGAGAUGCCACUUGUUGACUGGCUCGGCGUCACGGUUGAUACAUUUGCACAAUUUACGCACUGCCUCAUUAUCCUGUUCAAGCUCACGACACUCAGUGAGCCUGGCUGGGACAUAGAAGAGGUACGGCGGCGCGCCGAUGUCCUGGAAGCGCUCGAUCGCUCCUGUGCGACAGUUGAGCGUGUGCCCACGGCCGUCGGCAUGGUGGAUGCAGAACCAGAGUCGCCGCACAGGGGCCUUUUCUUCAAGACGACAUAUCUUUUGCGGAGCAUCAAGGCCUUGAUCCUGGCCGAGAUGACGCCAGAUGGGGUGCCUAGUGCGGCGCUGCAGUCGCCUGAAAGCGGCGUCGUUAUAGAUGACUACAAUGAGGGAGGAGGUAGCUUGAUGCACUAUGGCACAGAGUAUAUGUUUAUGCGCGACGAGCUCGUGCUGAGCUUGUCCGACGAGCCUUGGCUGUCGGACAUGUGGAGCUCUUCGUGGGAUCGCAUAUCUGAGGGAGCCUUCAACCAGCCCUUGUUCGCGUAA